AUUUUAUACAGCCAGAUUCCUGUUGUUGCGAUCGUCAGUUGUGUAUCUGUAUUCAGACCUCAGUAAAUAUCAGUAUUAUUGAUACAUAAUUAGACGAUUUCCAAUCAUGGGUACAUCUGUGGUGACUAAGAGUUUUGUUGUGCUUUCUGUUUUUCUUCUCUGCGGGAUUUCGCCCUCACUUGAGACAGAGAAACACUCCCUGUAUUACAUUUACACUGCAUUGUCCAAACCUGUCGAUCUGCCAGGCAUCUAUCAGUUCACUGCUAUGGGUCUGCUGGAUGACAGAGAGAUUGACUAUUACAAUAGUAAAGAACAGAGAAAGAUUCCCAAACAGCACUGGAUGAAAGAGAAAAUGCAGGAGGAUUACUGGGAAAAAGGCACCCAGUCCAGAAAGAGCAAAGAACAGUGGUUUAAUGUGAAUGUUGAGAUUCUGAUUAAACGAAUGGGACACAAUGGAUCAGAUCUUCAUGUUCUUCAGUGGAGACAUGGUUGUGAAAUUGAGAAACUGGGAGAUGAAGUGAAGUUUUCCAAAGGCAUUGAUGAGUACAGCUAUGAUGGAAAAAACUUCCUGUCUUUUGAUGAUGAGUCAUCUCAGUGGGUCGCUCCUGAUCCUGCGGCUCUUCCAACCAAGAGGAAAUGGGAUAAUGUGCCCAUCCUAAACCAGUACACCAAGGGCUACCUGGAGAAAGAGUGUGUGGACUGGCUUAACAAAUUCAGAGACUAUGGAGAUGAGAAGCUCAAAAAUGGCUCUUCUCCAGAUGUUCAUGUGUUUGCCAGAAGGUGCACCAGUGACAAAACCAAGCUGAAACUCACCUGUCUGGCCACUGGCUUCUACCCCAAAGAUGUGACGUUGCUCAUUAGGAAAUAUCGCACAUCCCUGCCUGAAAAUGAGGUUGAAUCCUCAGGAGUCAGACCAAACCAUGAUGGAACCUACCAGCUGAAGAAAAGUGUGGAGAUCAAGGAGGAUGAAAAAGCAGAAUAUGAUUGUUUUGUGGCCCACAGAACCCUCAAAGAACCAGUUAUCACCAAAUGGGAUGGAAAAUGGUCAGACUGUGGAGGUUCCCUGAGUAUUGGAAUUUCGAUUGGAAUUGUAGUUGGAAUUGUACUUGGAUUCGUUGCUGCAGUGGUCUGCUAUUACCUAUAUAAAAAAUACAAAAAUGGUGAGUAUUACAACAUGAUUAAAUAUUCUGGGCAAACUGUUUUUAAUAUUUUUUUUUAAUAAAAUGCUUCAACU